UUACAUCCACUCCAAAAAAAAUAUUGUCAUAAUUCAGUGUGCGUAUUACGCACCACAACUCCGGAAGCUCCUCCAAUGGCGACUCUAACCACAAUUUGUUCCAUAACAACAAAAUCAAGUUUCAGUAACCAACAAAAACAACACAACCACCACGCCAACAAUCUCAAUUUCACAAACCGAAAUCAUAACUCAAGAAAUUCAAACACAGUAAUCCGAUUAGCCUCUACCUCCAACCAGAACCCGCCAUCUCCGGGAUUAUACUCCGCCAAGAUAUUCGACCUCACCGCUUCAAACGUCGACCUUGUUCUCGAAGACGUUCGCCCUUACCUCAUCUCCGACGGAGGAAACGUCGAUGUCGUAUCCGUCGAAAACGGCGUCGUUUCUCUUAAGCUACAAGGAGCUUGCGAAAGUUGUCCUAGCUCAACCACAACGAUGAAGAUGGGAAUCGAACGCGUUCUUAAGGAAAAAUUCGGAGAUUCCAUCAAAGAUAUCGUUCAGGUUUUCGAUGAAGAUCAAUCAAAGGAAACAACCGUUGAGGCGGUGAAUAAUCAUUUGGAGAUAUUGAGACCGGCGAUAAAGAACUACGGCGGUAGCGUGGAGGUGUUAUCGGUUGAAGGUGGUGAUUGUGUUGUGGAGUAUGUUGGACCUGAGUCUAUUGGAUCAGGAGUAAAAGCUGCAAUCAAGGAGAAGUUUCCGGAUAUUCUCAAUGUUACAUUCUCCACCUAGGUUGCAAUGCUAUGAUUCCUCAUUCUUCAUUGCAAUUUUGUACUUUUUAAUGUUCACACAGCACUGUCUUUGUAAACUAGUUAAUUGAAAUGUGAUUACUUAUUCCUUCUGAAUAUGUAGUUGGAUAUAUGUGUAUGAUAAGGCCAUCAUUUGAUAAACUUAAACUUGAAGUAUCAUCUAAGCUGUUACAUUACACCUCAACUAUCAUUGUCUCUUUAUGUUCA